AUGUCCGCCCCCGAAUACUUUCAGCGCCAAAUGAGUUACAUUCUCGAGGGUCAAGAAGGCGUCGUAAACAUGAUCGACGACAUUUUGGUUUUUGGCCGCGACCGUGCAGAACACGACAGCCGGCUCCAAUCAGUGCUAGCUCGACUGAGAAACGCCGGGCUGACCCUGAACAAGUCGAAAUGUCAAUUCGGCGUCACAAGCGUCAAGUUCCUCGGCGUAGCUAUCUGCGGCAGCGGUAUUUCACCGGACCCAGACAAGCUUGCUGCUGUCAAGAGCAUGGAACCUCCAUUCGACGUCGGUGGCGUCCGCAGACUAUUGGGCAUGGUAAAGCACGUGGGACGGUUCUUACCCCAUCUGUCAGAGGUGACGGCACCUAUUCGAGGACUGCUCAACAAAAGAAGUGACUGCAGGGCGUUGGGACUGGCCCAGCAGGUCGCCUUCCAGAAGUUGAAAGACAUGUCGUCCAACAUCUGCAUGGCUAACUACCACCCACCGUACCCGACCAUCGUAUCCGCAGAUUCCAAGCAAAGGUACAGCCAAACGGAAAAGGAGGCCUUGGCAGCUGCAUGGGCUGUCAAGCAGUUUGAAGAGUAUGUCCGGGGCUUACACUUCACCAUCGAAACCGAUCACUUACCGCUCACGUCCUUGCUUUGUUCCAUGGAUGUCGAUGCUUUACCACCAAGGAUCCAAAGGAUUCGACUGAAACUCAUGAGGUACCAGUACACGGUAUUGUACGUUCCAGGGAAGCUGCUGGCAACGGCUGAUACCCUCUCAAGAGCCCCCGUCACAUCAGCGUCUCCAGCAGAAGGAAACCAAGUGGAGUUGGUCCAGCGUGCCGAGCCUCUCCUGCCAACACCUUCAGUGGAGUACCCAUGGCACCAAGUGGGUGUAGAUUUGUUCCACUUGGAGGGACAACAUUUUCUGCUGCUCGUGGACUACUAUUCACGCUAUCCAGAGGUUAUCACGCUACGCAACACUUCUAGCCAAGCGGUGAUAUCGGCUAUCAAGAGUGUCAUGGCUCGAUUCGGCAUACCGGAAGUGCUUCGAAGUGAUAAUGGCCCCCAGUUCUCGUCACACGAGUUCUCAAGUUUUGCCCAGAGCUAUGGGUUUAGACACAUCACUAGCAGUGCUGGUUAUCCUCAAUCGAAUGGUGCGGUGGAACGGGCUGUUAAGACUGUGAAGGAUCUUUUCCGCAAGAGCAACGACCGGUUCCUGGCACUGCUGGCGUAUCGUGACACGCCAGGGGUCACAGGGUACAGCCCGUCCCAACUUCUCAUAGGGCGACGGUUACGGACACGCAUUCCCAGGGACCCGGCCAAGCUGUCACCGGACCUACCACGACCAGACGUCGUCUUCCAAAAGGACGCCGCGGCUAAGGAAAGACAAACUCGAGACUUCAACCGUCUGCAUGGGGCGAGAGUGCUCCGGGACCUCUCUUCAGGAGACUUAGUGUGGGUAACUGAUGCGGAGUGCCGGGCCCAAGUUCUUAGCCGGAUGCCAGCGUCCCCGAUUCUACAUCGUGGAAACUCCCAGCGGAGUUAUACAACGAAACCGCCGGCAUCUCGUGCCUUAUUCCCCAGAUCUCAGUGCGUCAUCCCCAGUCUCCCUUCCGAGCUCGAGCCCAAACCAGGAGCUCAGACUCAGCCAGGAAGAACCAUCACAUGGCCAGCACGACACGAGUACCAGCGCAGACCCUGA